AUGGCACCCAAACUCUCAGAAGAGGAGAUUGAUGAUCUCAUUUACUUUUCAAGAGCCGGCGAGCUCGCUGAUCUCGAAGAAACCCUUAAGUCCCUGUCGGAGCGCGAAGGCGCUUCCGUAGGCGAGAUCAUCACCGCCGCCAAGGAUGACGGCAAGUCGACCUGCCUGCACAUGGCUGCCGGUAACGGCCACCUCGAUAUCGUGAAGGCCCUCAUCACAGCCUUUGACAGCCGUCCUGCAGACGAGAAGAAGGCGUACGUCGACGCCGGCAACGAGUUUGGCAACACAGGGUUGCACUGGGCGUGCUUGGGUGGCCACCUUGAGGCCGUAAAGUACCUCAUCAGCCACGGCGCUUCCCCCGCGGUAGCCAACGACAAGGACCAAAUUCCUCUCGACUCAGCGCUUUUCAACGACAAGCGAGAGGUCGCGGACUGGUUCCUGGCGCAAUCUGAGAAGAUGGAGGGCGGAAACCAGGAGGAAGGUCUGAGUGGUGCUGCGUCUGGUAUUGAGAUUGAGGAUGAUGGUGCCGUUGAGGAGGACAAGGGCAAGGAUAAGGCUGGCGAGAGCAGCAAGAGUUCAUAG